AUGAUUCUCCGAUUUUUCUAUCUUCUCCUCAUUUCCCCGCUCAUUUUCUGUAAAGAUUGUGGGAAUAAGGAAAACCAAUUUGCUCCAUGUUUAAACAAAGAAAAAGCUGAUGCUCUUUUCAAAAGUUGUUGUGAGCAACGAGUGCCAGAAGUUUGUCGAGACGCGUGUCAAUUCGAAUCCGACGAAACGGAGGCUCGAUCGAAUUUGAGAAAAGUGCUAAGAGCCGGGUGUAAGUUGACAGAUUUGACGAAAGUUCUUCAUUGCGCGGCGCAGAAUCAGGAUAAUCGUGAAUGUUGUGAAUCGUUGAAGUUAUCGGAUCCAACGCUAGGCGUCGGGGAUCGAUGUUUGCGUUUCUGUGAUCCGGCUGGGGAAAAGAUUGAUCGAAUUGAGAAACAAGAUUUCACAUGUUUCUACAAUUGGAAUGUCAUGAUGUAUUGUCAUCAUGGAGGAAUACCGGGAGAAGGCUUU